AGCCGUGAUCGUUCUCUUGUCAACUCGUGAAAUAUCUUCAAGGAAUCCUUUUGCAUCGAUCAGACGGGGUCGAUAUUCAGGCUUCUCAGUUGUGAAGAGUGAGAAUAUUUCUUAGAUAAUCAGGUCACAAUGCCUGAAGUUGCAACGAAGACAAAUAAUGUCAGCUCUGGUGGAAGACAUAAACAGGGCGCUUUCAAAGACAAGGACAAACCGACUGAGAUCCGUAUGAGUAACAUAACUGCAGCGAAAGGUUUGUUACCAAGUCGUUGUCAGGAGUUUCCCGUCAGGAUUAAUCUCCCAGUGACUGUUGAUUAAAAUUUUUUUUAUUCUGCAGCUGUUUCGGAUGCUAUAAGAACAAGUCUUGGACCAAAAGGAAUGGACAAGAUGGUGGGUAGAUUAUUGGUUACAGUUCGCUGUUUGUAUAUUUUUUGUACGUUAAUAAAUUCUUACUUUAUUUCCUCAUCCUUUAAUUUUUUAUUUUAUCUUUUACAUUUUUAAAUGAUAAUCUGUGAAUUUUUCCCAAAAUUUAAACAAACUUCAUGUGUACUGUGUAAAUGGUCAAAAUGGUUGAAAGCUGUCAAGAUAAGAUAAGCCUUAUUUUUAUUUCUAGCUAGUAUUUUCAAGCUGCUAUUGAAACUUUGCUUUUUUGGAAUGUCUCUUUCUUACAUAGAUUCAAAGUGGAAAUGGUGAUGUGACGAUCACAAAUGAUGGAGCUACAAUCUUGAAACAAAUGCAAGUGUUACACCCAGCGGCAAGAAUGGUGGGUGAUUUCCCAGAAAUGCAGAAUACCCAACCCUACCCACCUAAAGCGGUCAUGCAGGCCUACCAAUCCCCUAACAUUAACUUUAUCUUCGUAAUUUUUGCUUGUCUGUCUAAUCAUCAACACCAUCAUCAUCAUAAUCAGGGUUUGCAUUCACUCUUGACAGAGGAACUCCUCCCUGGAUCGAUCCCACAGGUGUCUGUGCUUGGUUAAUCUUGACCAUACUGGUACAAACUGUCUGGUGAGAUUGUCUCUCCAUCUUAUGUUUCUGGUCCAGUCUGUUGCUCUGAUGGUCCCAGGGUUAUUAGAUAGCUGUGCAAUUUGACCUACCCAUCUAUGCUUUGCUUUCCUUAUAGCAUUAAUGAUAUUGCUUACGCCAGUUUCUUGAUGGAUCCAGAUGUUUCGCUUACGAUCUUGAAGGGUAAUGCCUAGCACUAUGCGUUCCAUCUUAUGUUGUGUGACCGCAAGCUUAUCCAUCAUAGCAUUAUAUCUGUCUAACAACUUGUUGUAAAAACAUGGAAGCUCUGACGGGGUAGUCCUACAAGGCCCUGCUAUCAGACAAUGUUUCUGUCACACCCUGAUAUGCAGAUGAUGUAGUGGUCUUGGUUUAUUGCCAAGAGCAGAUGAUGACAUUGUCAAUUCAGUGCUCUUAUUGUACUGCUUCCAACAUGUAUACUUUUUUUCUCCAGGCUGGAUAUUUAUUUAUAUUAACUAAUUUUUCUAACCCAGGGUUUGUGCUACUCUUAUAAGUCGUGUUCUGGGUCGGGUUGUUCAAAGCUGGGUUAGUGCAGAAUUUGAAUUCAGGUAUAAAGGCUUAAAAAUGAAAUUCAGUGUGCCUGACUCUUUUUUUGUAUAUAAUUGGUUAAUUGGAUGCUCUAAAAAGAAUGCAGAAAAUUAUCCCAAACUUGUCCUGCAUUUUUGGCAAAAGAAAAAGACCCCCGGAUUAAAAUUAACCUGGGUCAGUGCUAAAUGGCCUUCGAACAGCGGGACCCUGGAAUUUAAAUUUAAUCUUAGAUAUGAGGGUUACUUGAAAUGUGCUUAAAAAGAAGAAUUUUGGACAUAAGUUAUAUUAUUUUUAACUUAAGUUGCUGUCUAUGUAGAAAACUUACCCUCUUCAUUUAGUAGCUAGCCAAACAUUAUGGCUUUUUAUUCAGAUGAGAGGGAGAAAGUAAUGGUUGCUCCAACAGCGAUUUGGUAUACUUUAUUACUGAAGUGUCACUUAAGGCAACCCAUAUUUAUUGAUGUCUGAGCAAAAUGUCUCAUUUGAAGACAAUCAAGCUGACCUACAGUGUGAUCUGUUUUGUUAAAUCAUAAACAGAGCCACAGAUAACCUAGUCUCACAGGGAAGUACCUGUGGUCUUAAACUCAAAGUAUAGUUUUCGUAAACAUUUUAUUUAAAAAGUUUCAUACUUCUGGAUUAAUAACCUGACUGUUGCUACCCUGUGAGCUUGGGUUUCCUGUGACAUAAUAUAAACUUCUAGUAUGUUACAGUAUUUUCAAAUUGUAUUGUAGUCAAUGUUAUUUGGUGUAUUCAGCUUGUAGAACUUUCUAAAGCCCAAGAUAUUGAAGCUGGAGAUGGUACCACUACUGUUGUUGUGAUUGCUGGAAGCCUGCUAAGUGCAUGUGCCAAGCUUCUUGAGAAAGGUAACAAGUUCUGCCUGUUUUCAUCCUCUAUUGACUGACUUGUAACCAAAUUCAUGACCAGGCACCAGUUGUUCAAAAAGUGUAUAGUGCUUUCCACUGGAUAAAUAUCAUUCUCUGGAUAGUGAUUUACCCAGUGAAUAGUGUUAUCCAUUUUCAGAACCGGGACUAGAUGAUUAGAGGGCCAAGUGAGGCCGUCUGUCUCUUAGACAGAACUAGACCAUGGCUUUCCCCAAUCUUUAUAAUAGAGUGUAAUAGUCAUUUCACAACAACAGACCAUUUUCACAAAAAACACUAUUUAACUACAACUACCAGAAUUCACUUUCUUUUUUCCUUUCCUAUUAAAUCUGAAGUAAGGGUGACCUAAGCUGCUAUUAGAUUCCCUCUUCAUUUAGUAGCUAGCCCUACAUUAUGGCUUUUUAUUCAGAUAAGAGGGAGAAAGAAAAACGGUUGCUCCAACAACUUUCAUGUUAAAUCAUACUUGAAAGUCAAUAGAAGCAACCUACAAGAGGCCUGCAAAUUAUAUUUCUUUGUGCAUGUACAUGAUUUUCAUUAUGUCUGACCAGUUCACCAUUUUGUCCUACAGACCAGAAAUUAGUUGGCCAAUAAUUAUGUAUUUAAGUCUUUAAGUUCUAAGCAAAUCUAAAACUUCAGAAUUAAAAAUGUUUGGUACAGUUUGGUCGAAUGAUGCAGUUGCAAAUUUAACUACUGGGCCUGGUUCCUCAAAAGAUGGUUAAGUUUAACCCAGGAAUAUGCCAAAUUUUAAGCAAGGUUUUUUUGUCUAAGAACAUGUUUCUUGAACUUACAAAAUACCGUUGCUAAAUGAUAACACAAACUGUUACUCUAAGCAAUGCAUAGGAAGGUAAAUGCAAAAAGUGAAACAUUAUUUUUAUCCUGGAUUAGCGCUAAUCGGCCUUUCAGGAACUGGGCCCAGGAUUGUGACAAGCUGUGUUGGGCACAGUUUGCAACAGUAAGUUUUUAAUGUUGUUUACAGGAAUUCAUCCCACCACAAUAUCAGAGUCAUUUGAAAAGGCUGCGGCCAAAGCAGUAGAGAUACUUACAAACAUGGCCACUCCAGUUGCUCUCAGUGAUCGUGAAUCGCUGCUUAAAAGUGCAAUGACCUCUCUCAGUUCCAAGGUCAGUGAAGUUGGAAAUAAAAUCUUGUGUUUGAGGCAAAAUGUCUUUCUUGAUGUGUUGUGGACAGUAGAGAUUUACAGCUACACUGGAUUGAGAAAGCUAUUUGCCAAUUCCAAAUUAAUGAUUAGCAAUGAUUAUUAUCAAUUAUCUAACUUAGUACUUUAACUUAAAAGUAACACAAACCACCGAACACUAUUUUGAGUGGACACAAAGUUAAACUUUCCAUUUUUUUGAAGGGCAACCUCAAAAAAUGUUGUUUUUUUGUUUUGGUAUUUUUUAGUUGUAACUGCCUAAAGCAUCUGUGUUUUACUCUGUCUUCUCAAAAUGUAGAGCGAAAGCCAGUUUUUAAUGAUGUUGUGUUAUUUGUUUGUUAGGUUGUUUCACAGUAUUCUAAUCUAUUGGCUCCAAUAACUGUUGAUGCUGUUCUGAGAGUUAUUGAUCCUUCAACAGCAGACAAUGUUAAUCUUAAAGAUAUCAGAGUUGUUCAAAAACUGGGGUAGGUCAAAGUUUAUACUAGGGAGCUUGAGCAAAUGCACUUUUGAGCGAUGCACGUCAACUGGAAGUGAGCUCCUUUCUCUUCUAAUUUGCCAUAACGCUUCCAAGUUUUUAUUGCUAAGUGUUUAUGGUCUCAUAAACUGCCCAAGAAUGGAUACAGUCCACUUCUGGUUGGUGUGCAUUGCUCAAAAACGUCUUUGCUAAAGCUCACUUUUGUGUACUAAGCUUUUUCUUGACACAGUGAUAUUAAUAGUUUUUGGGGUCUUUAACCCAUUCACUCCUGGAGAUUUUGCCGAAAAACGUGUUUCGAAGCUAGUCGAGUGGUUUUCUGGUCACUGUCGUGCUAUAAAGAGCUAAAACUUACCACAAACUGGUUUACAGGUCGAACACUUCGCAGCCUUCUGAUCCAGAUGCAAAAUAUCAGCUUGCGAAGUUCGGGCAAGCGCAGAAAGCAAAAUUUCGACAUAGUUUUUGGGUUUAAAAGUGACACAGCAGUCUUGACUUUUACUUUUCGCUUUCUCUCCUCCCUUCUUUUUUCGCUUUUCUUGCCUCUUUUUUUUUUUUCUCUUGCUGGGCAUUUAGUAGGCUUGAUUUUGGUGGGAAGAGUUUUUAGGAAAGAUUUUAGGAUCUUAGGAUUAGGUGAAAGGAAAGGUAGGUGGGUAAUGGAACAAGAUUUUCAUGGAGAUGAAGAAAGUUGUCCUUGACCGUUAAAACUGAUGACGUCACAAUGGGUAGAAAGGACCUGGAUCUGCACGGGCGGUUACGGGCGGUUCAGGGGCGAAUGGGUUAACCCUAAGUUCAAUAUCUACACACAGAUUCUCCAGACUGAACUCAAUACAUUUCCCAACAGUAGAACCCCAAUAACUCAAACUCCCUUCUAACUCGAACUAAGUUCAUUUUCCUUUGGAUUUCACCCCACUUUCCAGUCUUUUUUAUUUGAUUAACUUGAACUUGGAUAACUUGAAUUCCCACUAACUCGAACUAAAUUUCCUUUCCCUUGAUCAAAAUGUCACUGAAAUUUACCCUUCCCAUGAGCUAUUGUUGUUAUAUAAGGUAAAAAACACUAAAACUAACACUGGUCAACACCAAAGGAAUUUGAUUUACUUGGUGAAAUAAGCAGAUCAUGUUUUAUGGUAAAAAUGCAUAGUCAUGUUACAGUUUCUGAUGAAAUAAGUUAAAUUUGCACUUUACUGUAAUUUGCACGUACUGUGUUUAUUUUGCUCAAAAUAAUAACAAAAUGAAGAAAGUGAAAGAAUUAUUAAGCAGUACUGUCAUUGAAGAUGAGAAAGGUUUAAGUAAGCACCCCCCCCCCAAAAAAAAAAUUGUAUAUGUAUAUCUAUUUAAAGAACAAAUAAAUAAAUCAAUAUGUAAAUAAAUCAGUAAGUACUAUAGCAGCAAGUUAAAAAUCAAAUAACAGACAGUGCGCUGCACUUUAAAGUAAAUGAGGUGACACUUGGAACUCAAGGUGACCUAUUAGAUUCAAGAAAGCAGAUAGCUAUACAGUCAACUCCCCCUAAGACAGACAUCCUUGGGACCAGCAGUAAGUGUCCGUCUUAGAGAGAUGUCUGUCUUGUAGAGAGUCAAAUAAAGAGAGUAAAGAAAGGUAGGGACCAACUCUAGGUCUCUGUUUUAGGGAGGUGUCCGUCUUAUAGAGGUGUCUGUUAAGAGAGAGUCAACUGUACAGAUCACAUCACCCCAAAUAAAGACAUCUGUUUUAGCGCCUAUGGGAGUAGCAGAGCCACAACUAAGUGGACAUUGAUAUUAAUUUAUUUUUUUAUUUUUUUUUUCCAGGGGCACUGUUGAUGAUACAGAACUUGUGGAGGGCCUUGUAUUAGAGCAAAAAAUCAGUCAUUUGGCUGGAGGAAUAUCGCAAGUGGAAAAAGCCAAAAUUGGAUUGAUACAGUUCUGUAUUUCACCUCCAAAGACAGAUGUAAGUCCUUGUUUUUGUAAAAAUCUAUUAACAUCUGUCAUACUCUUUAACUUGACCUCAGUCGUUCAAGAGGUGAAUAUCCCCAUCUACAAAAUAAAUCUCCAGCCAUUGGAUAACACAGUACGUUGGUUUCCCUGAUGCGUAUCUGCUGAAUAGUGAUUUAUCUGGUAGAUGUCAAUAUCCAGCUAAAAACCCUUAGGCUUGUAGUUAUGGUGAGAUGAUUUUUCAUUCCAACUUUUGAAUCUGUGGACAAAAUCCUAUGGUUUUACUUUUCAAGUGUAACCCUUGGCAGAACUUUUGCAUAGUACAACCGGUAUUAAGGUGGAACCCACCAGGAAAUUGAGUAAUUUUAAUUUUCAGUGGACAAAGACCUUGUACCAGAAUAAUUGAAAAAAUAUUGCAUUCCUUUUCACAUUAAUUAGUCAUCUGUAAUAACACCAAAGAGAAUUUGUCAUGGGAGUCCGAGAAAAUGAAUGUCAAAUUUCACAAGAAUUGUGAAAACACAGGUAAAAUUCUGAAAUUUCAUGUGCAAGAUAUAAUUUUGUGAAAUUUGAUGGUUAUUUUCUUGGGCUCCCAUAAGAAAUUUUCUUUGGUUUUGUUACAGAUGACUACUUACAUCUUUAGCCCUUGAAAAAUUUUAAAAAGAAUGAAAUAUGCUUUAAAUUAUUGUGGUACAAGGUUUUUGUCCACUGAAAAUUCAAAUUAUUCAGUUUCCUAGAGGAAGAAAUAGAAGAUAAAAAAAAGAAUAUAUGAAUUUCUGACUGGCAGAAUGAAGGCAUAAAUGUAAAGAAGAUUUUCACAGAGUUAAAGAUGCAACCUAUGCAGUGUCUAAACAAAAGCUUGAAAAAAAUUCAGGCUUGCGUGAUUCCACCCUGACCUCUGCAAAAUAGAACAGUUAAUGUGUGGUCAAUGGCACAUAAAAUUAAUGUCAUCUCAUCUGACAAGGUAUCUUAUCUGUUUUUUGUUUUGUUUUAGAUGGAAAACCAAGUAAUAGUUAGCGAUUACACCCAGAUGGACAGAGUUCUUAGAGAAGAACGCCAAUACAUUCUGGAAAUCUGCAAAAAAAUAAAAAAGGCUGGAUGCAAUGUGCUGCUCAUUCAGAAGUCUAUCUUAAGGUAAAGAUGGUUUCCUAAAAAGUAGUGAAAUAUAAGCAAACUAAAUUGAUGUUCUUGUAAUUUUAAAAAAAGCCUGCUCAUUUGAUUGUUUUGCAGAGAUGCUGUUAGUGAUUUAGCUCUCCAUUUCUUAAACAAAAUGAAGAUACUUGUUGUUAGAGACAUUGAAAGAGAUGAAAUAGAAUUCAUAUGCAAGGUAAAGUAAACGUUGUUGCCAUUUCUUCGGGUUUUGUCUUUUGUUCAUUCACUAAGACUUGAGUUUUUCCCUCUUCGUUUGCUGUUCUGAGUCAGUUAGGACUCCAGCAGCUGGCAAAUAGUCUGUUUUAUUUGUAACAAAGAACAAGUUGCUGAUGUAGUUACAAAGGAAAAUAAUACCCGUUUUACUUAAUUCGUAUUUAGAGCUUAGGCUGUAAACCCAUUGCCAGCUUAGAUCACUUCACUCCAGAGAUGAUGGCAUCAGCAGAACUUGUUGAAGAAGUUAAUCUUGGAACCAGUAAAGUGGUGAAGGUGACAGGUAUAACCACGCCUGGUCGCACUGUCAGCAUCCUGGUUCGUGGAUCAAAUAAGCUUGUGUUAGAAGAAGCCGAGCGGUCUCUUCAUGAUGCUCUCUGUGUGGUCAGAUGCUUGGUCAAAAAAAGGUAAGCUUACGCUGGCAAAACAUUAUUAAUUUUUUAUGAUGCAGUCGCGCCAUACGAGCGCUUUUUCGGUCUAAUAUAAAUCUGGUCAUAGUGUCAGUAUCUUGUCCUCAAUUUGAAUCGCUCUUGCUGUCAUUUCAAUGUGGCCGCGUUGGUAUACCUUGUCCAAUGCAUGGGUAGGUAGGCUAUUUAUGGAGAAAAGAAACGCAUCUAGUACACAUUAUUUAUUGAAAGUUGUCCCUUAAAAAGCACGUUAUUACUUGGUACCCUGAUAUUGGUCAGUAGAAGUUGAGUGAAAGGAAAAAUGAAGUGAUCGGCUGCAACAAUUAACAAAGUCAGUCAAAGUUUGCAGAUAUGUUUUAAAACUUAUAGGAAAUACGUUGUACGUUGCUGCACUUCAAGUGCAAUGUUUUCAUUUCCAUGUUAUGAUGCAGUGGUGAGUGACACUUUGAUACCCGUAAAAGGUACUUAGAGGAUAGCAGAAUAGAAAUUAUUUUGCUCCUCUUAACGCUUCAUUUUGUGAAAUCGUUCAGUUCAGAUGGUACAUUGCUGGCAGCUUUAUGUCUGUUAACAUUUUGUCUUUCAUUUCAUUUUUCUUUUCUUUCCUUUUUCUGAUUGGUAUUUGUCUUACAAGAAGAGAUUAACAUUUAAUUGCAAGCGCUUAUAUACUUAGCACUCGCUUAUGUUACAGUGAUUGUAUAUAUUCCAUGUCGGCAGGGCUCUCAUUGCUGGUGGUGGAGCACCAGAGAUUGAAGUGUCCAUUAGACUUGCGGAGCAUGCGCGCACUUUAACAGGAAUGGAGGCAUACUGCGUUCGCGCCUUUGCCGAGGCGUUGGAGAUCAUCCCGUACACGCUGGCUGAGAAUGCCGGACUCAACCCCAUAGCGACUGUCACUGACUUGCGUAACAGACAUGCGCAGGGAGAGACUACAGCUGGGAUAAACGUCAGAAAGGUGGGAAAGAGAUUGAAAAACUUUCGCACUUAGGAGUACCAUAAGCCUGGCGAGGCGAAACGUCGAAUAACUUUUCAUGAAACGAACCAAACUUGGUGAGUUAAGUUCAUAGAAAGUUCGACGUCUGGGUCAGUCAAGUUCGUCUGAAUGAGUUUGGAUCGUUCAAAAGUUGUUUCGUAUAAAAGUCGGAGCUGCUCUCCUUUCCUCAUUAAUUUGACUUCGUACUUUGGUUCAAGCAAGUUUUUUACAACAUUGCAUAUACAAUAUUUAGGGGUUUUGUUAAAAAAUUAAGUGGUUAAACAUCUGUUCAUUCUGUGCAUUUUUUCAGGGCACCAUAACAAAUAUUCUGGAAGAGAACGUUCUGCAGCCGCUGUUAGUCUCCACCAGUGCCAUUCAGUUAGCGUCUGAAACCGUUCGCAGUAUUCUGAAAAUCGAUGACAUUGUAAGUACAAGCUCUAUGUAA